AUGUGUCUUCUGCUUCAGAAUUACUUUGCAAGUGUGGCAGAGGUGGAGAAGAACAAGACAAAACUGACUGAAUUGCAGACUGUACCUGAGACUCAAGAGCAAGAAGAAGCUGAGAAAAAUAGCACCACUGGAGCCAGCACCAUCAUGGAGAUGUCACAAGAUUUGCUCUCAGCACCAGAAAGUUUGAUUUUGAAUGAAAUGUAG